AUGCAGAUUCGGCGAGCCACUAUGGAUGAUAUGUACCAGAUGCAACACUGCAAUCUGCGGUGUUUGCCUGAGAAUUACAAUCUCCGAUACUAUUUAUAUCACAUCCUCUCAUGGCCACAGUUACUGUACGUGCAGGAAGACUAUAACCGCAACGUUGUUGGGUACGUACUCGCCAAGAUGGAAGACGAGGAAAGACCCGAUAAGAUUCAUGGUCAUAUCACAAGUAUUGCUGUUCUCCGCUCCCAUCGUCGUCUCGGUAUCGCAUCACGUGUGAUGCGGGCUUCCAUGAAGGAGAUGGAAGAAGAAUAUGAUGCCAACUACUGCUCACUUCAUGUACGUAUGACGAAUGACGCGGCUCUUCAUCUAUACCAAGAUACCCUUGGCUUCCGUUGCGCUAACGUGGAAGAGAAGUACUACGUUGAUAAUGAGGACGCAUAUCAUAUGAAGAAGUACUUUAAAGGGACAAAUCCUGGUCUGUAUGUGACUAUGAGCAGACAACUUGUUCGUCAAAAUAAUUCUAAUGGAACUACUGGAAAUACUGCGGGAACAGGUGGAACAUCAUCAUCAACAGCAGCGGCAGCGGCGACAACGGAUGGUGCAAAACAUGUGGACCCUGUAGAUCUAGAGACUUUACAGAAGGAACUACUAGAACUUGAGGAUGAUGGAAAGGUGGGCGGUAAGGCAUCAGGUAAAGGACGGAAACAGCAACCACAACAACAAACACAACAACAACAAGCACAAUCGAAAGGGGGGAAGCGCGGUAAGGGUAAAAAAUAA